AUAAUUAUGUUCAGUGUUUUAACGAAUAUGGUGAUUAUGUAUGUGGAUAUUGUGUUAUUACUGAUUUUGCUUUGCCUGAUAUUAUGUAUGUGCACAUACUGCGUAGUUCGGAUACGUAGGCUGCAGCAAAAUGGACAGGUGACCAUUUUACUGCGACCGACUAAAGUUAUGUUCUCGCACAAAAACGAAGAAAGUGGAAAGGAAGAGUUAAGAACCGUAGUAGCCUACCAGAACCCGUUCACCGGUGACUACUGCGUGAACAAAUCCCGCUCUCCCAAGGGCUACCUCAACGCCCUGCCGAUGCCGUCACCCGAGUCAACGGACAGCGGAGUUUCUGAGGAGUACGAGCCUUUGAAGCCUUUCGAUGGACGAAAGGAGGGGGAUUAUGGACCGUUCAAUGUUCAUGAACAUGGGACCCUUCGGAGCGUGGGUGUGGGCGUGGGCGAGGUGAACAGCGUCAACAAAACCUGGAACUGGAACUAUAAGGAGUACCAAAUAUAA